CAGUUCGUCAUCCAUCACAUUGCCCACAGACGGAGCAUUGUCCCAUCAAGAUCUUCUUCUUCGUUGGGUGGAUUUCCACCGUAAGGUAAUUUUCGAGCUCGAAAUCCCUGUGUUUAUUGGCGCUUUUUCCGCGUUCUAUUUAUAAAUUCUUCAUUUCUUUGAGGAGCCUUUGAUCGACUGCAGAGAUUGGUAUCUCGCCUGGUUUUAUGUUCUAGAUUUGCUCUUCUGAUUGAUUGCACCUUGUUCGGAUUGUGAAAUUUAUUGCUAUUGCUAACCCUAAUUAAUCUCGAGCUGAAUAGUUAGUUGAUUGUCUGUGUCGAUGAGGAUGAGAGCUGCUGCUGUGGUAGAAUUAGGGUUCCUGAUUUUAGGGCUUCUGUAGAGGCGUCGCCCCCAAUUUGAUUUAGGGUUCUUCAGUAAUUUCAAUUUACACGGUGGAAUUGCUGAUUGUUAGAAUCUAAAACGAAAUUGAUAGAGAACUUUAGAACCCUAGGAAAUGGGGGAAGAUCUGUUGACAAGCUUAACUAUUGAGAAUUAUCAUCCAUCAACGUUCUUGUCGAUGGAUUCGAUUGCUCCGGCGGGGCACGAGGAUCCCGACCGGGAAAUGAACAGGCAGAUCAUUCUUUCGAGGCCGCCGGACAUUAAUCUCCCGUUGUCUGUAGAGAGAAGCCCUCCCCCACCGUUUCACGAUGCAUUCGAUAUUCUUGAUGUUGGACUUGGAGGACACCAAGUUAACGAUUCGGAUAAAUUCCUCGAUCUGCCUAAAAUAGGUCGGAAAUGCGCCAAGAGAUUGGACAGUGUGUGGGGUGCUUGGUUCUUUUUCACGUUCUACUUCAAGCCGGUUUUGAAGGAAAAAUCGAAAUGUAGCGUGGUUCAUGACAGUAAUGGGAUAUCGGGUUUCGACAAGAAUGAUCUUCAGCUUGACGCCUUCAUCGUGCAGCACGACAUGGAGAAUAUAUAUAUGUGGAUUUUUAAGGAGAGGCCGGAGAAUUCGCUGGGGAAAAUGCAGUUGAGAAGUUACAUGAAUGGACAUUCCCGGCAGGGCGAGCGUCCUUUUCCGUUCAGCGUCGAGAAAGGGUUUGUUCGAUCGCACAAAAUGCAGCGUAAGCAGUACAGGGGGCUGUCGAAUCCGCAGUGCCUUCACGGGAUCGAAUUAGUUCCGUCGCCCGAUUUAAUGGGACUCGACGAUGAAGAUCAGAAGAAAUGGGUGGAACUGACGGGUCGAGAUCUCAAUUUCUCAAUCCCGUCCGAUGCGAAAGACUAUAGUACAUGGAGGAACCUUCCGAACACCGAUUUCGAGCUCGAACGACCGCUCGCCCCGUUAAAGAUCAACACCCACACCCACACACACCCUCCGACGAAGAAGCCGGCGAAUAAUUCGGGUCUAAAUCUAUCGACUCAGACAACGAAUGUUGCGAACGGAAACGGUGCAGAAAAAAAGCGGAAGGAAUUCUUCUCCGACGAUGACGGCUGCUUGAACAACAACCUCAACGGGAGCGCCGAUCGACAUCAAGACGUCGAGUUCCACCCGGCCGAGCCGUCAUGGCUGCACGAGUUCACCGGGGUGAUGCGGAACGCAGCGUACGGACCCGUCACCGCCGCGAAGACGAUUUACGAGGACGAGGAAGGGUAUUUAAUACUCGUCACUUUACCUUUUACCGAUCGGGAGAGAGUGAAAGUCCAUUGGUGGAACAACGUGACGCACGGCGUGGUUAAGAUCUCGUCGGUGAGUGCGGCGUGCAUGCCGUUCAUCGUGAGAUGCGACCGCACGUUCAAGCUGACCGACCCGGCCCCCGAGCACUGCCCGCCGGGGGAGUUCAAGAGGGAAAUCCCGCUCCCGACGAGAAUCCCGGACAAUGCGAAGCUGGAAGCCUACUUCGACGAGAGCGGGACGAUACUCGAGAUCAAAGUUCCGAAAUAUCGGGCCGGGCCGGAGGAGCACGAGGUCCAGGUGUGCCUCCGGCCUCCCCCGAACGAGUUUGGAUUGUCUUGAAAUAAGUUUAGGGAGGUAUUGUUUGGUAAUUUAAUGGUGAAGGAUUUGUAGAUGGAGAUUUGAGUAAUGUAAUGUGAUGCUGAUUGAGGGAGGGAUUCAUAUGGAAAUUAGUUAUGGAUCUGGGAAAUGGAGACUUAACGUUACUAGUUAUUAUUAUUAUUAUUAUUAUUUUACCAUUAUUUAUAUAUACAAAUACUUGUUUUAAGUUUUCUAGAAAUUGUGGAUUUGUUUAUUUUGUAUUUUUGAAUGAAUGUGUUUUUUUAGUA